UCGCCAUCAUGAUUUAAACUGCGCAAUCGCAGUUAACGUUUCAUGUGGUAGGUGGGCGGUGCUCAGGUAACUAAAUGAUCGUGUUUGUAGGUGAGCGAUAGUCGCUUUUAGAAUCAGUUCAUAUCGUGAUAUUAGUUUACCUAUGAUUUUUAAGCAGUAAGGUCGAUUUCGAAAUUAUUUAAGUUAUCAACUGAUUUUUAAAAUUCGUGAUUUCGUCGUGUGAACUGGUUUCAAAAUAGUGCAAAAUGUCAUAGAGGAUAAGCAUGUUAACUAAAUUGAAUUAUUCACAGAUGAAAUAAUGCCUCGCUCACGAACAUUGAAUGCGUUUCAAGAAUCAAAUUCAAUUACGUUAACCGAAAGCAACUUAUCUUUGCAUUCGACGAAAUCAUUUUUGUCAUCAGUGAAUGUAACUGCGACAAAUUCGUGGGCUCAAAAUACGAAUUUCAGAUUACUGCAGAGUCCAACUACGCCUAUUAGUAGUCCUAUGACCUCAGUUACUGAUCCACGUUUUAGAGCUCUUUCAAGCCCUUUUUUCAUUCCUUUAGCUCCAUUUAUAUGGCCUCCCAGUAAUAUGUUAUUUCCAUAUCCUCCUCUGUUUCAAGAUAAUCCAACGGAUAGAUUUAUUACGCAGGAGAAAAAUUUUGGAUUGCCCUUUACCAAAGUGACAAGAAUUACCGAAGAUGAAGAAGAGGAAGAAAGACCACUAAAUCUGAGUAUAAAAAAUAGAAAAACAGCCGAAAUAUGGAAUCCUAUAACUUCAUGCGAAUUAGAAGAAAAAACUUCGCCACAGUUACCAAAUACCGACCCUGCUCAAAGCAAAAAAAAGUAUCAGUGUACUCAGUGUGGGAAAACUUUUAAACGUUCCUCGACUUUAUCAACACAUCUUUUAAUUCAUUCAGACGUACGUCCUUAUCCGUGCGAUUACUGCGGCAAAAGAUUUCAUCAGAAAUCAGACAUGAAAAAACACACGUACAUCCACACAGGUGAAAAACCACACAAAUGUACAGUCUGUGGUAAAGCUUUCAGUCAGUCAUCCAAUUUAAUCACACAUUUAAAAAAGCACACCGGUUAUAGACCAUUCUCAUGUGGCUUAUGUGAAAAAGCUUUCCAAAGGAAAGUAGACUUACGAAAGCACGUCCAAGUUCAGCAUCCAGGACACCCACCUCAACAAUAUCACAUCAGUAGUACGACUUCGGCACCAACUGUGAUUAAUAUCAAUUCGGAGUAUAAUGAAAAACCUCUUCCAAUGGAAUUUACAUCGAUGAAGCCUUGAAAUAAUUUUCAAAAUUUUCUUUUAUUACUCGGGCAUUAUUUAGAAUACUACGAACAACUGAAGAAUAGAAGACUAAAGUGAAAAUAUCCUAUGUUCCUAUUUUUAUUGUUGUAAUUUUUUAUCACUUUCAUUUUUUAUACUUGAGAUUUUUUAAAAAGAAAUAAUUGAGUCAAACUAAGGCAAUAAUAAAUUAAAUACGACCGAAGUUGGCUCUAAAAUUUUCUCAAUUGUUCAUUGUUUCUAUCUAUUUGACUGAGGAUGAUUUAAUUAUAAUAAAUAAUACGAAUAGGUAGGUAUUAAUGAAACAAUUAUUUUGUAAUUUUAUAUAGAUCCUUUUUUUUAUUUUUAUUUUUGUAAGUAUGCACUUGGAUUUGUUCUAUUUUAUGGAAAAUGAAUUAGCUAAUGCGCCAAAGAUUUGUAAUGCACAUUCGAGCUCUCCCAACUCAAAAAAAAAAAAAGAAAUUCUCAAAGAUGCCUCUGUUCUUUCCUUGCUCACAUUACUUGAAAAAAAUAUGCAACCGAGCUAAAUAUAUUUUGCUCAAAUAAACUGAAAAAGUGUACCUACAAUUCAACUAAUGAGGAGGCAGCCUUGACAUUGACUUUUUUCAAGAGUUGGAGAGCAUACGAAGGAACUUUUUUUAAAACAUAUGAAUGUAUAAACGAAAAUAAAAACGUUUUUGAAAA